CGUGCCAGUGGUUUUCUUUCAAAGAAAGGCAAACUUUUAAUCCUUGAAAAACGUCGUCGGAAGUCAAGAAAUUGCACAAUUCGCUCCAAAGGCCUAAGUGCCAUGCCAGAAGGGUCCCAUUCUGUUCUCCACCAGGGCCCAAUGGGGGAAGAAUAUCCUCGGUUACCCUCGCCCCUCUCCGCUGGAGACCAUGAACAAAGAAAUGCAGAUUUAGAAUCAGACUGUUACCAUCAACUAUGUGCCGAUCCACUGGAUGGAGAAGGCCAACGUCCAGUAAGUCUCGUGUCCACCUUGUCUUCUGGAUCGUCCCGUGACAGUCACAGCCUUUUUGGGAGCACCGUCACCCUCCCUUCCUCCUGCACACCACCUAUACCGAGCGAGGAGGACAUCGACUUGGAGCUGAGCCCGGCUGAAAGCGCUGUAGAACACACAAGAGAGCAGAGUCCCGGCCUGGCGGGGUUCAGCAGACUAUGGAAGCCGCACCUAAUGCUUAACCAGUGGAAUAACAAUAACGCCACCGCCAACAGGAGAAGUGCACAGAUCCUUCAUAACCCGGCUUCACCUGUCGUCACGGAAACGAUGGCGCCCAACCCGAAACUGACCCACGUGGACCGAGUUGUCAUGGAGAUCAUCGAAACGGAGCGCAUGUAUGUCAAAGAUCUGCGCAGCAUUGUAGAGGACUAUUUGGCUCACAUUAUCGAUACGAGCAACCUGCCCAUGCGCCCAGAGCAAGUGUGUGCUCUGUUUGGAAAUAUUGAGGACAUCUAUGAAUUCAACAGUGAGUUGCUGCAGUCCUUGGACAUGUGUGACAACGACCCUGUGGCCAUCGCCCAAUGCUUUGUCGAGAAGAGUGAAUAUUUUGAGAUCUACACCCAGUAUUGCACCAACUAUCCAAAUUCAGUCGCGGCACUAACUGACUGCAUGAGGAGCAAAACCCUGGCAAAGUUCUUCAAGGAUCGUCAGGCUUUUCUGAAGCGUUCUCUCCCGUUGGGUUCUUUCCUUCUCAAACCCGUGCAGAGGAUCCUAAAAUAUCACCUGCUGCUUCAGGAAAUUGCAAAGCACUUUGGCCCAGACGAGGACGGCUACGAGGUGAUCCAAGAGGCCAUAGACACCAUGACAGGGGUGGCCUGGUACAUCAACGACAUGAAGAGGAAACACGAGCACGCCGUCAGAGUGCAGGAGAUCCAGUCCCUUUUGAUCAACUGGAAGGGUCCUGACCUGACCACUUACGGCGAGCUGGUGCUGGAAGGCACCUUUCAUGUCCUGCGGGCAAAGAACAGUCGGACGCUCUUCCUUUUUGAAAAGAUGCUGCUCAUUACUAAAAGAAGAGGAGAGCACUAUGUCUACAAGACUCAUAUCUCUUGCUCCACCUUGAUGCUACUUGACAGUGCAAAGGAUCCUCUGCUUUUCAGUGUUAUCCACUUCAAGCAUCCCAAGCAGCCCCAUACCGUGCAGGCCAAAUCUGUAGAAGAGAAGCGUCUCUGGGCCCAUCACAUCAAGAGGCUCAUUCUGGAGAACCACAACGCCAUUGUUCCGCCAAAGGCAAAAGAAGCUAUCGUGGACAAUUCGAAUUGUGUUGGGAAGUACCACUGUAGCCCAGAGAGGGUAAAGAGAGCAGAUUCGUACCAGUCGAGUGACAUCCAUCUUGCAGGAUGGAAUGGCCGGAGGAGUUCAGAACCUGCUAAACAAAUCAUAAAAAAUACGAAAGAUGUUUUGAAGCAUGCCGAGAGUGAGAGCGCCCUACUGGGGGACAGGCCUCAGGCUUCCGGUCUAACCGAGGGUGAGAGGCCUGCUGCGGAGGAUGCCACACAGCAGCUAAGUUCCACACCGGCAGAAGUGCCCUCCUCGCCUCAUGAGGGGGGUCCGAAGCUGCCGAUGACAGAACAGCAAAAACAGGAAGAUGAGGAGGGGGACAGUUUCAAGGAGGAUUUACUGAUGGGGGACGACCAGGUAGCCGACUUUGCCAGCUCCGUGUUGGCAGCCAUCUCCUGCUGGCACUAUCAAGCCCGGGCUUUGCUUUCUUCUCACUUCACAACGGAUGAUGAAGCCGGCGAUACCGCUCAGCUGACCGACACGCUGAGAAAGGAGACUCAAGAAACACACAGCCAUGAAGAAAGCCAGAGAGAUGCGGCUGAGACAAAACAGGUCCAUUUGGACGAGCCGCACCCUUCGGACUGCGUCUCUCAAGUAGAAAACAUCCGUCAACAGUCCGAGUCAUCGCUAGAGGCCGUCACUCCGGAGUCGGCUGAGACUUCUAGAGAAACCGGUGAAGAAGCGGAGGGGGAAAGCGACUCGUCUGGUCUUCAAGUGGAGGAAACGAGUGCGCUGAUGAGCGGCGAGCUCUCGGAGGAGGAGGAAGAGGAAGUGGUGGCCGGGAAUAAGAGAAUCCUACCGUGCUCCGUGUUGGCUCAAGCGAGUGUAAUCGCCGAACGCUUCAUCACUGGCUUGCCCAGGCGGAGCAGCCUGGUCUCUGAGGAUCUGGGCUCCCUGGCUUGCUCCUCACCUUUAACACCCAAUGAAGUCUUCAUAAGCCCCUCCACCUGCACGGACUCUGAAGAAAAGUCGCCCACUGUAUCACCUCCUGAGCUGCAGGUGACCCCUGAGACCGUUUGUGAACCCGUCCCCGUUGAGGGGGAACGUCGUUCCACUCUCUCCAAACAGGAUCUCCUCCUGAUCCACAAGAUCAGAAGAUACUAUGAGCAUGCCGAGCACCAAGACGCCAACUUCAGCAUCAAGCGCAGGGAAAGUCUCUCCUACAUUCCAGCAGGUCUGGUCAGGCAGUUGAGUAGGCAGCUUAACAAUAUUCCCGACCAGCACGCCGCCGUCCCAGUCCACAGGAAAGUCCUCUCCCGUUACAGACCUACUUCUUGGUCAGUCUUUGACCUUCCGGGCUUAGAAAAGAACCCAAACGCAGACAUUGAGCAAAAGGCUGAACGACAGAGAUCAGAGGAAGUGAAGGCUCGAUCUCCAAGUGUCACUGAUUCUUCUACCACAGAUGAAGACUUCCGACCUUCAUCGGAGAUGAUCAAAGUCUGGCAAGACAUGGAGUCAGAGGAGGAAGUCCAGCAGACUGGAGAAGAGGAGAAAAAUCCCUUUGAGUGUUUGGACUCCUCAGAAUGUAAACUCCGAAAGCAACCAUCCCUGAUUCUAGAAGAAACAAGUCCCUCGUCCGAAGGUUCAGAUGUUCUACUAAAAGACUCCGCUCGAGACUGCAAGCAGCGUAGAACCUCUAUGACUCAAGGUCUGGUCCAGCUCCCCAGGCUCAUUAGCUUCAGAGCCAGCGUUGACGAAGACCAGAUCUUGCAGGACAUGGGCAAGAUGAAGAACAAAGUGUUCCAACUGGCUCGUCAGUACAGCCAGCGCAUCAAAAAUAACAGACCGAUGGUCUGGCAGAGGAACCGGGAAGCUUCCAGUCAACAAGGAUUCAAGAGCAUGCCUGCUGUCCUUGAGGAGAAGGUCAAGAAAAAAAGUAAACCCAACCUAAGACUGCCCUUGAAUGCUUGUGACCAGAUGGUCAUCCACGAGGUGAAUACACCGAGUCCGGUCCAGACUCCAUCUUCUGCGGCCAGCUCCCGCAGCACGCUGACCGAUCCGCAAAGCCCUCAAUUGGAGAACUUCCACUGGCCUGACGUACAAGAGCUUUGCUCCAAAUACAACCCCAGCCAACCGGAUGCUGAUUCCUCAAACAGCUUGCUGGAAUGUUCUCCGGCCAAGUGCAAUUGCUGCUCUCACACAGACUCUCAUAAAGACCCGACGCAAUGUCCGGCGGCACAACCCGAGACUUGGUACAAGGAGAGGGGAGAUCAAGACUGGCCUCGCCCCCGGUCCAAACUACUGUGCAGGUGGAGCUCGCUGGAGCACAUGCUUGGUUCCCUGCCACUCCAUGAAGUGCAGAACUUGCAGGAACCCGUGCGGACCUGCCGUCCUAGCAGUCUGGCGUCUCUGACCGCCGCGCAAUGCAGCGUCUUCGCAGAAGGAGACCAGCAACUGGAGGACAGCUCACAAUGUCCCGGCAAGUCGGCUGCAACGAGUUCAGCCAAGACGUCAGAAAGUAAUCUGGUGAAAAGUUUACGGGAGAAGUUCCAGAGUUUAAGCACCAGCUCAUCAACGUGUUAACUGUUUAUCUUUACUAAGAGGGAACUUUUGGUCAGUGUUGUGCAGUCCGCAUUGGACGCACCAUUCGGGAAGGGAUGUUAUUGGUCCAUGCAAUGUGGGAAACGAUGUCUUUAAAAAGAAGUUUGUUGCAAUAUUUGUACAUUUGGGACUUUUCCUAACUCAUCGGAUGUAAGUGUGUCAACAGUCCCCUGAUUGGUAUCAUUACUAGAUAAGCUUUUGUUUAGUUGUCACUCAAUGUUGGCAAUUAAACUAUACUAAUUAUUAAAGCAUAACAACAAGCAGAUGUGGGAAGAUUACCUCAACUAAGCUGACCGCACACCAAAGAGUUUCUUUUGUUGGCUAUAAAUGUAAAAAAAAAAAAAACCUUAAAAUGUGACAGCAGUCACUUUGACUGACAGCUGUUUUCAUGCAUCACUGGAGCUUUAUUAUUUUCCUCCAAUUUCUAUUUUUAUUGAGUAAUAUUUAUGAAGCUGUAUUUGGGGGCAAACGUUGGCAUGUAAAUCGCGACUUUAGUGUAUAAACUCCUUUUGAAAGCUUUCUAUUCCAGAAAGACUACUUGAACUUUGCCAUAUUUGCAUUAAAAACAGAAAUAGCGCGUGGCCGCCGGUCACUGAUGUCAUGGACUGAUGCACAUACAGUAUUGUCAUGACGUAUGGAGUACAAAUCUGUCUGAGGAAGUCUUUGAUGAGACUGAGUUCAUGAAUAAACUUUUAUUCUAUCUGUA